GCUUUUCUUGAAGUGUUAGGCAGGAGCGGAUCCGAUGGGAUACGGGAAUAUUUCCUCGUCCGCCAGAUAAGUUCCCGGGAAACUAUGGAUCUCGAUCCACAAUCAGAAGAUAGCGAGUGGUUCGAGGCGGUGUCCGAGACACUGGCAUUUGAGAAGGAGUUUGUGAUCAUCGAAAACCUCGGUCCUGAAGAACGACUUAUUCCCCAUGUGAAAUAUUCAAUGGAUGUUCGCGAUGAACUUGUGGAAGUGGAGUUCUGCGGUUGGGGUGAUUGUUUGAAAGAAUCAUUCGAGCAAGCCGCACAAGCGAUGUAUGCCCAUCUCUAUGACCUGAAUACAAUUGAGAUCAAAGGUUACUGCCUUGUGGAAGCUGAAGGUCGAGACUUGGCUGAUUUAUUUUAUCGAUUCGUGGAUGAACUCCAAUUUGCUUUGGGCGGGGCGCCGCAUCUCGUCGUGCGGAAAAUAGUCAUCCAGGAAUUCGACGAGAGCACGUUUCUUUUGAGAGCGAAGUGCUAUGGCGAGAAGUACGAUCCCAAACGCCAUCAGAGCAGCAAGAGCUUGGAGACGAUAUUGAAGGAGAACGUACGCAUCGAUCGAUCUCCUGAGGGUCAAUACAAAGUUUAUUAUAUCAUAUAUUCGUGA